AUGUCUUUUGGCGGCCAGACACCCACUAUUGUGGUGCUGCGGGAGGGUACCGAUCAAUCGCAGGGUCGGGGGCAGGUGAUUUCAAACAUCAAUGCCUGCCUUGCUGUGCAGGCAACAAUCAAGGGCACUCUGGGUCCAUACGGCGGUGACCUGCUCAUGGUUGACGAGAAUGGCCGGCAAACAAUCACCAACGACGGUGCCACAGUCAUGAAGCUCCUCGACAUCGUUCAUCCCGCUGCCCGCGUCCUCACUGACAUCGCACGAUCGCAAGACGCCGAAGUUGGCGAUGGUACCACAUCAGUCGUUGUGUUAGCAGGAGAGAUUCUGAAGGAGAUCAAGGACUUUGUUGAGCAGGGAGUCAGCAGCCAGAUCAUCAUGAAAGGUCUGCGGAGAGCGUCACAUCUCGCUGUCAAUAAAAUCAUGGAAAUCGCCGUAGACACAGCCGAGGGCAACCAACGGGAUACACUCCAGAAGCUUGCUGCUACCGCCAUGAGCAGUAAGCUCAUCCACAGGAACGCUGACUUCUUCACCAAGAUGGUUGUGGACGCAGUACUCUCGCUUGACCAGGAGGAGCUAAACGAAAAGCUCAUUGGAAUCAAGAAGAUUACCGGUGGUGCUCUCCAGGACUCCCUCUUUGUCAACGGUGUCGCAUUCAAGAAGACCUUCUCGUACGCCGGUUUCGAGCAGCAACCCAAGAAAUUCACGCAACCCAAGAUCGUAUGUCUGAACGUCGAACUCGAGCUGAAGAGCGAAAAGGACAACGCAGAGGUGCGGGUGGAGCAAGUCUCGGAAUACCAGGCGAUUGUGGAUGCGGAAUGGCAGAUUAUCUACAACAAGAUGGAAGCACUUUAUAAGACGGGCGCCAAGGUCGUUCUGAGCAAGCUGCCCAUUGGUGAUUUAGCAACACAGUAUUUUGCGGACCGCGACAUCUUCUGUGCUGGACGAGUAUCGGCUGACGACCUUGACCGCGUAUGCCGGGCAACAGGCGCCAGCGUCCAGUCGACUUGCUCCGACAUCCAGAGCAAGCACCUUGGAAGCUGCGAACUGUUUGAAGAGCGACAGAUUGGCGGCGAGCGCUUCAACUUCUUUGAAGGCUGCCCCGAGGCCAAGACUUGCACACUGGUGCUCCGUGGUGGCGCAGAACAAUUCAUCGCUGAGGUUGAGCGAAGUCUGCACGACGCCAUCAUGAUUGUCAAGCGUGCGAUCAAAAACCGCAACAUUGUUGCUGGAGGAGGUGCAGUCGAGAUGGAGAUUUCUUCCUACCUCCACAACUAUGCCGACAGCAAUAUCCCCCACAAGCAGCAACCGAUUAUCAAAGCAUUCGCAAAGGCUCUGGAAGUUAUUCCCCGACAACUGUGCGACAAUGCCGGUGUGGAUGCGACGGAUAUUCUCAACCGACUACGUGUGGAGCAUAAGAAGGGCAACAUCUGGGCCGGUGUCGACUUUACGACUGAGAGCAUAGCAAAUAAUAUGGAGAGGUUUGUGUGGGAGCCGAGCCUGGUCAAGAUCAACGCUCUGCAGGCAGCGACGGAAGCAGCCUGCCUGAUUCUGAGCGUUGACGAGACAAUCAAGAACCAAGAAUCACAGCAGCCACAAGCACCCAACAAGCCACUUCCGCCCGGUGCGGCACAAAGGGCACUCGGUGGGGGUGGUCGAGGCCGUGGCCGUGGCAUGCCCCGACGGUAA